AUAGCCAAAUUACACAACACAACCCUCCAAAUCUAAAAGCCUAUAUCUCAGCUCGGUGACGGGUUAGUUUGAAUCCUAAAGAAACAGAGUCAAGGUCAUCGGAGAUGGGUGGAUACGGUGAUCCAAACCAGAAGAUAGACUAUGUCUUCAAGGUUGUGCUGAUAGGCGAUUCAGCAGUGGGGAAAUCGCAGAUUCUGGCUCGGUUCGCCAGGAACGAGUUCAGUUUGGACUCAAAGGCCACGAUCGGAGUCGAGUUCCAGACUCGGACUCUGGUUAUCGAGCACAAGAGCGUCAAGGCUCAGAUCUGGGAUACCGCCGGCCAAGAAAGGUACAGAGCUGUUACAAGUGCUUAUUACAGGGGAGCUGUUGGAGCAAUGUUGGUUUAUGACAUAACCAAACGCCAGACCUUUGAUCACAUUCCUCGUUGGCUGGAAGAGCUGCGCGGCCACGCUGACAAGAACAUUGUUAUAAUACUGAUUGGUAACAAAAGUGAUCUCGAAAACCAACGGGCAGUCCCAACGGAGGAUGCCAAAGAAUUUGCUGAGAAGGAAGGAUUGUUUUUCUUGGAGACUUCUGCUCUUGAAGCAACUAAUGUUGAGACUGCUUUCCUAACCAUCUUGACUGAGAUCUUCAACAUUGUCAACAAGAAGAAUCUAGUUGCCGAUGAGAAUCAAGGCAAUGGCAACCCUGGAUCCCUGGCUGGCAAAAAGAUCAUCGUACCAGGCCCUGCACAAGAAAUUCCUGCAAAGAACCAGUGUUGUACAUCAUUGUGAUCCGUUUUACAUUUCAUUGCUUCAAAUGUAUGUCAGUUUCUUAGUUCUACUUUCUUAGAUAGCAAUUUUUGAAAAGGUGUGUCAAAUAUGUUUGUUUAUUUUCAUUGCAUUAGUUUGCAUGGGCAGUUAAAUUACUUUGCAUGCUUUGAGAUAAGGAAUAGAAAAACAGAAUGUGCUUGUUAAUCAAUGUCUGAUAUUAUUGCUAAUUUCUGAUUAUGUAACCUUUUUCUUGUGUUUCAAUUUUUUGACAAUGAAUGAAUACAUUAGUU